AGGCUACCAUGUGGUGCGUGGGAUGUUGAUCAGUCGGAUGGGUGAUACUGCCUGAUCUAUUUUGCUGCCUCGUUGACAGUCCCGACAAUGCUCGAUUUCAUGGAUUACAUCCAACUCGCCUUCGCCGAGGCGACGAAUUGGAACCGCGACAAUUCAUACUCGUCCCUCACGGCCACGGCUCAGUCGCUGCUCGACUUCUCAACCCCAGAGCGUCUCCGCGUCCAUCUCUCGUCCCUGUCCACUCCGCACUUCGCGACGAGUUAUACCCUCGGCACCGUCGGCCUGAUCGAUGGCUCAGUCUCCUACCUGUUCAGCACCGUUCCUCUCGACAAUUCCCCCAGCAAAAGUGCCCUGAUCCCUUUGCGCAAGCUCUCCCCGGGCUACCGCCAAGUGCAAGCCCCCAUAGCCCCAAUCGAGGACAUCACUGCAGAAUCAAUCCUUAACGACCUCAACAAUGACGCCUACCAAGUCUCCAUCGGCAAGAAGGCGACCCUCUUCCACGCAACCCUUCAUCUCCCUCCCCCGACAACCUUAAACGCCUUAUUCCUACGUCGCAUAUCCCCCACCAUGCAGCUCUCCCUGGCCGUCUGCUCAACACGAGGCCCGCCCCUCUCCAAAUCCGCUCCGCAAGCCUCCCUCCUCGCCCAACUCUCCCACAACACCGGCAAAUAUAACAACGAGUACCUCUUCAGCACUGACAACGCUCUCUUCGGCUGGCGCGGACUAUGGAACUUCGGCCCGGAUCCACGCGACGGGCCCUCAUCCUCCGCGCGCCUGUCGCUCCUCUCCGCCGGCGCAGAAGCAUACUACUCCCCCGUAUCAUCCCUCAUUGGCAUGUCAACCGGCCUACGAUUCAGUACCCUCCCCGCAGCCACAGACAUCCCCUCCUCCCAAUCCACCUCCACCUCUACAUCUACAACUCCAUCCACCCAACCCAACAACACCCCAAUCUCCACCUUCCCCUACACCCUAACCCUAACCCUGACCCCUCUAACCGGCUCCCUCUCAACAACCUACUCCCUCCGCGCCUCCCCAAACCUAGCCUUCAGCUCCCGCUUCGGCUUCAACGUCUACAGCUGGGAAAGCGAAAUGGUCGCGGGCUGCGAACUCUGGCGCAAGAGCAAACGUAACCCGGAUGACGACGGUUUGGAAUGGGCGCGACGAAAAAUGCGCGAGAGCGUGUUUCCGUCAUCUACCAUCUCUUCUCCUCAACCCGAACCUAUCAAGGAGGAGGAACAGGAGAAUGAAUCUGUGUUGAAGAUCCGGGUAGAUCAGUCGUGGAAUGUGCGGUUGUUGUGGGAGGGCCGGGCUAAGGAGUUGUUGUACGUCCUUCGUUAUUUUUCAUGCUCCGCCCGGACCCAACUCACGCAUGUUGGCAUCGGAGAGUCCUACGGCCUGAUGCUGUGGUGCUGGGCGGACGGAUAA